AUGAUUUCCAUUAAAAGUGGUUUGGUUCGGUUGUGGGCUCUUCUAUGGCUAAUUGUGGUAGUGGCCCCCAAUAAAACAGAGGAUCACCCACCUGUCUCUAAGAGAGGCGGGUCGAAGUUCAUCCUGGAAACCAUACAGACCAGCUGUGACCACAACUUUGUGGAAUAUUUCCACAAAGUCCCGAAAACCGCCUCUUUAUAUACUUUUCGCGUUGUCAAGCUGGCACCUUCCUUCACCAUCGACAUUGCCACAAGAGUGCAGAAAACCAAGCGGAUCCUGUACAAAGUCGACAACCUAGAUGGCUGUGGGUUUUUGAAAAACCCACUUUUAUCUCGAAUUUUUGGCCCAGUUUACAAGAGACUGGUUGUCAAUGGCAGUUUCUUUGGAUGUCCCAUAAAACCAAAGGUAUACUUUCUGAAAAACGAAGGAACGGAGGCCAUGUUGCCGGCUUUUCAACCGCCUGGAAGAUACCAGAUCACUAUGCGGGUCAGAAUGAAGGAAAGUCCAGAUCCAUUCGUGAUGGAAAUGCUUUGGGUUUAUAAUGUGGUUAGAAUUAAAUGAGGUGUUUCAGUUUUGAUAGUUGAGGCAAUAAAUAACACAAU